CCAAAGAUCGGUACUAUGAGCUCUGUGCUCUUCCGGAGGGGUCCUAGGGAACGGCUGGCUGUCUCGAGAGAGACUCGCAGCAGACCAAGAGUGUGGUCGGCGGUGCAUCUGGCGGUGCUGGUGGCGGUGCUGGUGGUGGCGUCGGCGGCAGUGCGCGGACUGCCCCGUGUUGAGGCUGAACGAUCACUGGAGGCAGCGUCCAGCAACAGUGAGCUACAAGGCAGAGUGGAGGCAGAGGCCGAGGUGCUGCAAGCCUUCCCGGGUGAACGCCAAGGGAGCACAGUACUCAAGGUCCCGGUCCAGGUGAGGCUGGUCAGGGACGUGGAGGUCGUCAGUGGAAAAAAGGAGCCACUCUUCUUGGGGUGGAAGCCAUACAAGGAAUGGAAGCAUGAACAUAUUGCCUCAGUAAGAAAGAAGAGUUCUGAUAAGUUAAAGCGAUUUCAAUUGGAGUCAAAUCCAAGAAGAGGAAAACGAGCAGUGGAAGCAGUGAAAGUCAUCUGUAAAGACAGUACGUGCAAGUCGAUGGGAGAUGAGGAGGAAGGAAACGGAGCACGGAACUUCGAUGAAAUGUCAAGAAUGUUCGGGGAUGAGUAUGAUACGAAGACUGGCUCAGCAGAUGGCGGACAAUACAAGUACAAGAAAGAGUUCAGUAUAGAGCCAUCAAGAGGAGCAGGGGUCAACGGAGAAGAAGUAUCAAAAGCGCUAGAGGAGGCGUUUGACCAGAUGGGUGUUACGGCAGACCAUCAAGAAAGGAUUAAAAAAGAGUUCAUAGAGGUGCUUCGGGUAAAAAGGGUCACUGAUGAAAACCCGAAGCCAAAGUCGAAAAGCAAAAAGGUUCACCACGCAGGACUGAAAAAUUGGGAAAAUGGUCAAGAGGAUGAAACUGAAUCUCUCUCUGAAGAAGAAGCAAAUGAAAAACUGUUUAAACGAAGAUUCGAUGAAAAAGAGCAAGAAAAAGAGGCAACAUUAAAUAAUGAUGACCAUGGCAAAAAAGAUAUAUGGAUAGAAGAAAAAAGAGAAUUCGAAGAGGAAGGAGAAGACGAAAACGAAGAAGGGGAAAAGGAGAAGGAUGAGACAAGGGAGGAGAAGAAGAAGGAGGAGAACAAGAAGAAGAAGAAGGAGGAGAACAAGAAGAAGAAGAAGGAGGAGAAAAAGAAGGAGGAGGAUAAGGAGGAUGAGCAUGAAGAUGACGAGGAGGAAAAGGAAGUAGACGAAGAAGAUAGUACAGGUUCCCUUGCUACAAUGCUGAAUAAAAAACUGAGAAAAGCGUUGGGAGUAAAUGAACAAAAUGAAGAAGGGUUAAGCAAAAAGGUGGAUGAGGAAGAUGAUGAGGAGGAGAAUGAGGAUGAUGAGGCUGAUGAUGAUGAGGAGGAGGCUGCUGCUGAUGAUGAUGAUGAGAAGGAGGAUGAGGCUGAAGAUGAGGCUGCUGAUGAAGAGGAGGAGGAGAAGGUGGAGGAUGAGGCUGAAGAUGAGGAUAAUGAGGACGAGGUUGCAGAUGAAAAUGAUGAUAAAGAUGAGGACGAGGCUGCUGCUGCUGAUGAAGAUGAUGAGAAUAAGGCUGAAGAUGAGGAGGAGGAUAAAGAUGAUGAUGAUAAGGAGGAGGAUGAAGCUGAAGAUGAGGAGGAGAAGGAUGAAAAGGAAGAUGAGGAAGAUAAAAAAUAAACGGAGGCAGAAGAAGAAGAAGGAGAAGAAGGAGAAGGAAGAGAAGGCAGAGAAGGAUAGGAAUGUAAAGGAGGAGGAGGAAAAAUACGAAGAACAUGUAAAAGAAGAAGGGGGGGGGGGGGGAACAAUGAAAUGAACAUGAUAAAAAGAAAUAAUAGAGGAAAGUGAGGUGAGAAACUGAAAUCUCUAAGCAAUAAAGAGAGGGCGUAACAGUUUUACUUCAUGUCACCUUCACCUGCACGUUCAUCACCUGUCCUGCGAGAGCCUUUAUAUACGGAGUCACAGGAAUACAAGUAAAGAGUGUGAUGCCAAUAUCGUGCGGAGAGUCUGGACCAACGUAACCAGAUUAUCGUAUUCAGCACAUCGUAAUUUUCGGAUUCUGCUAUUAUAAAAAAUAAAAAUAAAAUCGAUACUCUAC